GGGUUUAAGCCACACCGUUUGAUCUUAAAACCCAAACCUUCUUCUUCCUCCCGCCAUGUCUCUCCGUCACCUCCUACGCCACCGUCUCUACGCGGCCACCACCACCACCGCCCCUAUUCCGAUCACACUCAUCCAGCAGCGCUUCUACAACAUCUCAUUUUCCCCACAAACUGAAGAUCCGAAGACGAUCGCUGACACUCAAGAAUCAUUUCAACUCAACGAUCCUUCUCAAUUCCAGAUCCGAAACCGAACAUUCUCAUCAGCCGAGGAAGCAGACGCGGCGCGUCGCAAACAGAGACGCCAGAGCCGGAUCCAGCCUCCUCUCAACGCUCUCCGGCGCGAUCCCCCUCCGAAACGCGACCCCAACGCGCCGCGCCUCCCGGACUCGACCUCCUCCCUCGUCGGCCAACGGCUCAACCUCCACAACAGAGUCCAGUCCCUGAUCAGAGCGUCCGAUCUCGACGCCGCGUCGCGCCUCGCUCGGAACUCCGUGUUCUCCAGCACCCGGCCCACCGUCUUCACCUGCAACGCCAUCAUCGCCGCCAUGUGCAGAGCCAAGCGCUACGGAGACUCGAUCUCUCUGUUCGAGUUUUUCUUCAAGCGGAAUCACAUCGUCCCCAAUGUAGUCUCGUACAAUCAGAUCAUCAACGCUCACUGCGACGAAGGACACGUGGAGGAAGCUCUCGAAGUGUACCGUUACGUAUUGGCUAAUUCUCCUUUCGCUCCUUCGUCGGUUACGUAUAGACAUUUGACGAGAGGUUUGGUUCAAGCUGGGAGGAGCGGAGACGCCGCGAGUUUGUUACGGGAGAUGCUGAGUAAAGGCCUAGCUGCGGAUUCGAUUGCGUACAGUAAUUUGAUUAGAGGGUUCUUGGACCUUGGGGAGUUAGAUAAGGCGAAUGAGUUCUUUGAUGAGUUGAGAAGUAAGUGUACUGUUUACGAUGGGAUUGUGAACGCCACUUUUAUGGAGUAUUGGUUUGAGAAAGGUGAGGAUGAGGAAGCUAUGGAGUGUUACAGGUCUUUGUUGGAGAAGAAGUUUAGAAUGUAUCCACAUACUGGGAAUGUGCUUUUGGAAGUUUUUCUCAAGUAUGGUAAAAAGAGUGAAGCUUGGGAUCUGUUUAAUGAGAUGUUGGAUAAUCACACACCUCCUAAUAUUCUCUCUGUGAAUUCGGAGACCGUUGGUAUAAUGGUCAAUGAGUGUUUCAAGAUGGGGAAGUUUGAGGAAGCGGUUGAGACGUUCAAGAAAGUUGGGAGAAAACCGACGUCUAGGCCGUUUGUGAUGGAUUAUGUAGGUUACUGUAACAUAGUAACGAGGUUCUGUGAACAUGGGAUGUUACCAGAGGCUGAAAGGUUGUUUGCGGAAGGUGUAGGCAAAUCCUUGCCUGCUGAUGCUCCGAGCCACAGAGCGAUGAUUGAUGCCUAUCUCAAGGCGGAGAGGGUCGACGAUGCUCUCAAGAUGUUGAACAGGAUGGUUGAUGUGAAUUUGAGGGUGGUUGCUGAUUUCGGUACGAGGGUCUUUGGCGAGCUGAUUGAGAAUGGUAAGCUGGUUGAAUCUGCAGAGGUGUUGACUAAGAUGGGAGAGAGGGAACCGAAACCAGAUUCUUCGAUUUACGAUGUGGUGGUUAGAGGUCUUUGCGAUGGCGGUGCACUUGACCAAGCUAAGGAUAUAAUUGGUCAGAUGGUUGGAUAUAGUGUUGGUGUUGCUCCUGUACUGCGUGAGUUUAUCAUAGAGACUUUUGAGAAAGCAAAACGUCGUGAUGAGAUUGAGAAAACCUUGAAUACGGUUACCCGUCCGGUUAGAAACUCUCUGCGUUCUGGUAACACUGCACCUGGUGUACCCUCAGUGUUAGGGGCUACAUCUGCAGCUCCCCAGCAACCUAGAGAGAAGGUCCCAUGGACGAACCAGGGACCAGGGUCAGGUCAAACAACAGGAGGAACUUACAAGGCUAAUAACGGCCAGAAUCCUUCUUGGUCCAACACCUCGUCUAACCAGCAGCAGCAACCUUGGUCUAAUCAGACGGCAGGGCGACAGACACCAUCAUGGUCGAGUCAGGCACCAGGAUAUCAACAGCAGCAAUCUUGGUCUCAGCAACCGGGAUGGUCAAGUCCUUCAUCUCAUCAGCAAUCAUGGGAUAAUCAGACAACUGGCCAGCAGCAACAGUGGGGUAUUCAGACUGGCCAUAAUCAGCAACAGUGGGCUAAUCAGACGCCUGGCCAGCAGCAACCGUGGGGUAAUCAAAACACUGGCCAUCAUCAGCAACAGUGGAAUAAUCAGACAGCUGGCCAGCAGUCAGCUUGGACAGGGCAGCAGCAGCAGCAGCAGCCAUGGUCUAAUCAGACAGCUAGCCAUCAGCAGUCACAGUGGUCAAAUCCCACGUCAGGACAAGUGGCAGCUAAUCAAGCACUGUGGUCAAACUCUGGGAAUGGUCAUCUUUCUCAACAACAAGAGCCAGUGUCAUCUUCCUCCCAUGAGUGGCAAGACGGUGAAGAAAAAAAGGUAGUUGAAUUGAGAAACUAGUUCGACAACUUGGCUUAUUCAUUCUGCCCAUCUUCCUUUGCCUUUUGGUUUGUGGGUCGCAUGCAAACUCUGAUAUUUAUUUAUUAAAGAUCAACAUCAUAAUCUAACACCUUUUGUUGUUGAUUGACUUGUAUUUAUGCUUCUCUUGAAGCCUCCUAAUAAAGAUUAAAGAGUAAUGCAGUUCAAUAUCA